AUGGAGGUAAAGCAAGAGCAGGAAAAUAUUUAUCUCUUCGUACCCAACAUCAUUGGUUACGCACGAAUCGUGUUGGCAAUUGUUUCCUUCUACUACAUGCCCACCGACUAUGUGAUUGCCAGCUGGUGCUACAUCAUCAGCGUACUGCUCGAUGCACUCGAUGGCCAUGCGGCACGGCAUUUCAACCAGUCCACCAAAUUCGGUGCCAUGCUGGACCAGCUUACCGACCGGUGCGGUACGUGUGGCCUGCUGGUGACGCUCAGCUACUUCUACCCGAAGUACAUGUUCUGGUUCCAGCUUUCAAUGGCAAUCGAUGUAGCAUGCCACUGGUUCUAUCUGCACACCACGGUCCUCCAGGGCAAGACGUCGCACAAGUUUAUCGACAUGUCCGGUAAUCCGAUUAUGCGUGUCUACUACACGAACCGUACCGUGCUUGGCUUCAUGUGUCUGUUCAACGAGUUGUUCUAUGCCGCACUCUAUCUGCUCCACUUUACACCGGGUCCGCUUCUGCUGGGCUUCUCCACGUUUAAACUGCUUGCGAUUGUGUCAUUCCCGGUCGCCAUCGUCAAAACUGGCAUUUCGGUAAUCCACGGCUUCGUGGCCAGCUGCAACAUCGGCGUAAUAGACGUGGCGGAGCGUGCCGCACAGCGGCAACGUGAAGCAAACAAAAAACCGCAAUAA